ACCGAACUUAUCGACCGUCUGCAUAGACAAAUCCCAAAAAUUACGUCAGACGGCAAAAGAUUGCAGAUGAUCGUAUGCCCGGCGACACUACACGCAUUCGAAGUUAAAAAGAUGGCUGAACGUUUAAUGCAUUUCCCAACUUGGGUAGAUCUGAAGGGCGAAGACGCAGUACCUGAGACGGUACAUCAUAUUGUAGUGAUGGUAGAUCCGCAGAAGGACAAGGAAUGGCGUAACUUGAGGAAUUGCAUAGAAACUGAUGGUGUACACGCAAGAGACGACUUGAAUAGAUCGAAUGAUAUCGCCUGUGUGUUGUCAGAGGGUGUAAAAAUGCUGAAGGGAGAGUACUGCAUUCGUGCUAUUAAUGAGCAUAAAAUGGAUCGCGCAUUAAUAUUCUGUAGAACGAAACUCGAUUGCGAUAAUCUCGAGAGAUACCUGAAGAAAGCCGGUAAACAGUUUUCGUGCGUGUGCCUACACGGAGACCGAAAGCCCGCGGAGCGUAAGGCUAAUUUGGAGAAGUUUAAACGUCAGGAGGUGAAAUUUUUGAUUUGCACCGACGUGGCUGCUAGAGGAUUGGACAUCACCGGUCUGCCUUUCAUGAUAAAUGUGACUCUGCCGGACGAGAAGUCUAAUUAUGUGCAUCGAAUUGGAAGAGUCGGUAGAGCCGAGAGAAUGGGUCUGGCCAUCUCUUUAGUCAGUAGUGUUCCGGAGAAAGUGUGGUAUCACGGCGAGUGGUGUCCUUCUCGUGGAAGAAACUGCAGCAACACCAAUCUGACUGAUCACGGUGGCUGUUGCAUGUGGUACAAUGAACCUCGGUACUUGGCAGAAAUUGAAGAUCAUUUAAAUGUAACGAUUCAACAAGUCGGUCCGGACAUAAAAGUGCCAAUGAACGAAUUUGAUGGGAAAGUUACGUAUGGCGAAAAGAGAGCGGCGAUGGGUUCCGAUUACAAAAAUCAUGUCCAACAAAUGGCCCCUGUUGUAGCCGAAUUGGCCGCGAUGGAAUCUAGAGCACAGAUUGCGUUUUUAAAGACGCAUAUAGCGGAGCGUUAAAAUGGAGAAUACUCAAUGAUUUAACGGUUGAAAUUCUAAUCGAAUCUCGUAAUUCUAGUGAUAUCGAGUUCUAUUCCAAUCGGAAAUAUUUAUAAAAAUAUCACGUUUAAUGCAACAUUUAUUUAAAAAUCUAUUCUAUCACUGCUAUUAUUCUCUAUCUUUCUGUACUUAUGCAUAUUUCUAAAACUUCCUUUGCAUAUGUAAAGUCUUUAUGUAGCGUAUUGCACAAUGAAAAUAUAAAUGUAAAAAGGUA